AUGACAGGACAACAAAUGCAUUUGCCUUGGUGGCCAUUACUAUAUGGCACACUGGAGGUUACCACACAGCAGGUAUUGGCUGCAGUCGUAACAUCAGCAAUCGAGAAGAGUAGUGGUCCUGAUGGCGGUGGACAUCAUGGUCAUUAUUCAACAACGACAGCAAGGAGUAUACCGAACACUAAAUCCACAACAGUUUCAACAUCAUUCCAGCCAUUUAGUUCUAAUAGCCCAGAGAAACAUCUAGUUUUAUCACCACAACCACUAACACCAAGGCAAUCUUCCGGUUCUAACCACAACAACUCCUAUGCCUCCAAUGCAUCAAUGUCUUCGAAAGUAUUUCCAGCAGCAGCAGCAACAACAUUAUUACCCACACCGUCAUCAGCAGCAUCAUCAUCGGCAUCAUUAGUGACCAAUAUAGUGGAACGGACCAUAAACACAGUUGAGAAUGUCAGUAAUAGAUUUUCACAUUCCCCAGAUGCUUUUGUGGCUGUCACUCCGGGCAUGACAUUGCUAAGCAAUUUCACAUGGUCAGCGACAUCAACGACAGAAGCAGCAGCAUCAUCAGCAGUAGCCACGAACGUUAGCAGUAACCCCAGCUCAUAUGUGAUCUCAAAUAUAGCCAGCGACACUGACAUCAAUGUUACUGCCUCCAAUUUCUCAGCAUCCCCGUUCUCCGUCGCCGCCUCACCCUCCUCCUCCCCCUUUACCACCACAAUGAUGAUGAUAUCAACAUCAACGUCGCCACCAUCAGUCGAUUCCUAUUUGAUUGGUAUGGCAUGGCCGAAGGCAUUGGUCGUUGCCAUAUUUAUGCUGUUGAUAUUGGUCACUGUGGUCGGUAAUACUCUGGUGAUUUUAUCCGUAUUGACAACACGUCGACUGCGUACAGUGACAAAUUGUUUUGUCCUUAAUUUGGCCAUAACCGAUUGGCUGGUGGGUACUUGUGUUAUGCCACCUGCCGUUAUGGUUUAUAUUGUGGGAAGUUGGCCGCUUGGAUGGAUUUUAUGUGAUAUAUGGAUAUCGUUGGAUGUCUUACUUUGCACAGCAUCUAUAUUGAGUUUAUGUGCCAUUAGCUUAGACAGAUAUUUGGCCGUUACCCAACCACUGACAUAUUCCAAGAAUCGUCGGACAAAACGUUUGGCCCUACUAAUGAUAUUUAUCGUUUGGGUGACAGCCUUAUCCAUCACCUGUCCACCAUAUUUGGGAUGGUACGAACCAGGUCGGCGUGUGGAUGGCAACACUGUCUGUCGUUACAAUCAAAAUAAAGGCUACGUGGUAUUUUCGGCAAUGGGUUCAUUUUUUAUACCACUCGCUGUUAUGCUGUAUGUCUAUUUGAAAAUUGGUUAUGUUUUGACAUCACGUCGUCAAAGGAUUGUUAGAGAUGCGAAUUCCGAACGAACGGCUGACCACGAUAUCGACUGUGAUAAUUUUCUCUCUGAAUCGGAGCAUUUUCAAUGUGGACCACAAAAAUUCCCCUCGUUUAAGUCACGCUGGACGGUGGAGACAACAACAAAUGGCAGUUCGUCAAAUAGUAAACAGAACAGUUUGAAAUGUAGUAAAUGUAAUAAAAACUAUGUACAUCGUGAUAGUCUGAAACAUCAGGCUUCAUUCUAUGAGCUGGUGGAGAUAUCACGUCUAUCUACACAAAUACCAUGCACAUCGAUCAAUUGUAAAUACGGUGAUGGUAGUUGUACGCCGGCAAAUAGUUCUGUAAGUUAUGCUUUGGCAGAGGGAAGGGCAGCCACCUUGCCUAUGCAGCAGUUACACUGUAGCGAUAGCCGGUCGUCAUUCUCGGAGACAUGUUUGGCUCAUGCCAUGGCCGUACAGUCGGGAAAAUAUACCCUAUCAAAUGGUCAGUUACAGGAGAGAUCACAACAGGCGGCAGCGACUUUGAAUGGCAGUCAUCAUCCGCAUGCCCAUCACCACCACCAUCAUCAUCAUCAUCGUGUCCCAAUGAGAGUUUCAACAACAAAACGUGAUACGAAAACCGCCAAAACCCUUACCAUGGUUAUGGGUGGCUUCAUUGCCUGCUGGUUGCCAUUUUUUGUCUACUAUCUGCUGAUACCGUUCCUGCCGCCGGCCUAUGUCUCGGAGGGGUUAAUGUCGUUUUUGACCUGGGUCGGAUGGGUAAACUGUGCCAUCAAUCCAUUCAUCUAUGCUUUCUACAAUCCGGACUUCCGUACAGCCUUUUGGCGCUUAACAUGCAAACGUAUUUGCAAACAAAGGCCACCGCCCAAUCAUGUGGCCAUAUUUCGUGGAUAA